AUGCGUCGCUGCGCUACCAGGAGUCUUCACAACGACAAAAUAAGUAAAAGUUCUUCCGUCUGCUAUGCGAGUUAUGGAGGAGACGCGAUCUUUUUGGCUGCGAGCGGAAACUGCGGCACCUUCGCCGACCGCCGGAAUCCCGUUAUGCUGGCGGCGUAUCGUCGAGAUUCGCUUGUCCGUGGGCAAGUCUGUACAACUUCAGCUAAAGGCAUCGCAAACAAAACCAUGUCCUGCUAA